GUUUGUGUAAUAUAUUUAAAUAGAAAAUAAGUAUAUAAUAAGUAAUAAAAGAUGAUAUAAAUUCUCUCGUUACAAAUUAUAUUCGAAGUUCACAAUGAAAUAAUGAAAAUGAAGCGCAACAGCCAUAGCAGUCGUGGCCGAGUGGUUAAGGCGUCUGACUAGAAAUCAGAUUCCCUCUGGGAGCGUAGGUUCGAGUCCUACCGACUGCGAGGGUAGUUUUUUUUUCAACCUAUAUUAUAGUUUUUAUUUUUUUACUUCCAUAAAUCGAUAUACGCAAACAAUUGCUAAAUGGAUAAUCAAAUAAUCAUUGAUCAUUCAAUAUUUUUAUAUUUUAUAACAACUUAUAGGUACUGUAGAAAUAUAUAAAUUGUAAUGUCAUACGAGUCUAUUUCGUAAUUGAUGUCGCAAUAAGAGAUAUUAGUGUUACAAUUGCGUCAAUAUAUCAUGUUUGCUGUAUCAGUUAUCGAUAUUUCUUUCCAAAUCCAAGAUAAGCCAUAUCCGUAUCGGUAACGAUUAUUAUAGAAGAGAGAAUAUAGGAAAUUGUAACGAUACAAGCGAACGGUUAUUAAUCAUAAAUGGACGGAGAAUAAAUUUAUGAAAAAGAAAUGAUCCUCGGUAAAUCAUAUUAGGAUUAUUCCGUAAAAACGUUCUGCCUGCAAUUAUAGAUAAAAUCAGUUUAAAUGAUUUAUUGUAAUCGUUUAUUUUAUGUUCUCCACAAUAUCUCUUACGAUAUCUAUGCUAAGAUAUUUUUAUGUGUGACCAAUUGAAUGAUGACGGAUCAAUAGCUUCACGACCUCAGACUUAAGAGUGUACGCGUACCUAUAUGUAUAGGAACAACGGCGUUCUCUAUUCCUAUUCGAUACACAGCAAGCGGAGCGUCUAAAAAAAAGAUGAUAAUAACAAGUGCCAUUUAUCUUUUUGCCUUUUUAACAAUAGACAUCGCUCAUUCGAAUUUUUAUGAGAAACCCCAUGUUGACCAAACGAUACAAAAGAUUUUACGUUCAAUCGGGCAACAGGAUGUAAUUAUCAGGAUUCAGAAAUACGAAAUCUAUGACGGGGUACAGCGUCUACUUGACAUCGUGGCUCGUAACAUGGCAAUAACGUGGCCGACGCAGAUUCUUGUCUCCGGGAAAGUAACGGGUUUUGGCUUCCAGCCGGAAGACCUGGCUUCUUCCCGCACUCUGCUGAUCUACAUUUACGCGUCGGAUGAAAAUAUCGACGACGCGGAACUGAACGCCAUGCUGGACGACAUAAACUCGAUAUCUCAUCCUAAGCAUAUGCCGAAGCUGCUGUUGUUAAUCGGUUCGAAUAAAGGUACAUUGGACACGCGGCAUCAACUCGAACACCUAUGGAAUCAGAAACUUUUCGACGUGAUUAUCCUAGAAGUGUCCUUUCUCCCGCGCUACUCAGAACCAGUUUUCGUGGCUGUACACCGUUUCAACGGAUUCAAUGAGAAUUACUCGAGAGUGACCGUGUAUGAAGAUGAUAUCGACUGGUAUCCGAACAAGUUACGGGACAUGCACGGCGGCACGUUCCAGGUGAUGUUCGAGGACAAGCGUCCUUAUGGUACUUUGGAAAACGGCAUUGUAGGCGGCCUGGCCAAGCUGUUUAUGAAUGCGCUAUCAGACGCCGUAAACGGUACGGUGGUUCAUACGAGCGACUUGCAGGAGAACGACAUGAGGUACAGUGCCGAAGGACUCGUGUACGAAGACUGGUACAGCACGCAGCACGAGCACACUAUCGCCAUCGGCGACGACAGAAUCUGCGCGCUGGUCCCGGCGAUGCCGCCAGCAAAGUUCCUCAUUGAUUUUUGGAACAUCAUCAUCACGAUCCUGUUCGGUUUUCUGCUGGCGGUGGUUAUGUGGUGCGUCUCGUUGAUCAUGAACGUCAGCGAACGAGUCCGCGAUCCCCUGAACACGAUCAGCUUGAUCCUCGGCAAGGCGCCGCUUCGCGGACCCCGCAGCCUCGUGGAGAAGAUACUAUUCCUCGCUAUGGUGAUGACCGUGGAGGAGUACACGAUCAUCUUUCAGGCGGAAUUGCUCGAGUUCGUGGUGGAGUUCGCGGUUAAUAUGCGCGUGUCCACCUUUCAGGAUCUGUACAACACGGGCCUGAAGGUGGUGGUCACACCGGUUGUGUACGACGAGCUCGCGGCCACCGAGGGUCUGUCCCCCGAGUUCAUGAAGAGAUUCGUGAGCUCGGUCGACGAGUUCCAAAAUCAAUCACUAUACGGGAUGGAUAUCACGAAAGCGUACUUUAUGUCCGAGAUUGAGGGUAAAUUGAAGGAGACCAAGUUGAAACGUAUAUAUGGCAAAUGGCUCUUCAGACUUUCUGAUCUAUGCAUUUUGUCGCAUUAUCGCGUGCACAAGCUCCGGAUAAAGUCGCCUUUCAAAAAUGAAGUUAACAACGUGCUGCUCUCAUUGGUGGAGUCUGGCUUCGUGGUGAAGUAUGUCGACGAUUUUUGGAAAGACGAAAAAUCAGGACGCAAGAGCGAAAGCGGAACAAUGAGUCUUAGGGAUCAUUCUGUGUAUGUCGCUUAUCUCGUUAUUAUAGUAGGUCAUAUUAUGUCCCUCGUUAUAUUUUUAGGAGAGAUAAUAGCGGAUCGAGUUUCGAAACGCCUGCCCCUUUCUUUCGGUUAUUGCAAAUCGAUAAAAAUGUCAAAGCAAUCGAAAGUGCUAAAGAUUCAGUAG